GCGAUAUCCGUGAUAUCCCCUCUCUCUGCCGUCGACGGUCGCCAGUGCAACACGGCAAUGCAACAUUAGCUAACCUCCCGUUACCGCGACUAUUUCGGUGGGGAGACCUGCUUCUACUUUUAUUCCCCCCCUUUUCUUUCUUGCAAUUUUUAUUUUAUUUUAUUCGGGCCUCCCCUUCGCUGUACCAUGCCGAACAUAGUCCUCUUCAGCGGGAGUUCGCACCACGACUUGUCCCAGAAAGUGGCGGAUCGGCUGGGACUGGAUCUGGGCAAAGUGAUCACCAAGAAAUUCAGCAACCAGGAGACAUGCGUGGAGAUUGGAGAAAGUGUGCGCGGCGAGGACGUGUACAUCGUGCAGAGCGGUUGUGGCGAGAUAAACGACAACCUCAUGGAGCUGUUGAUUAUGAUCAACGCCUGCAAAAUUGCCUCGUCGUCCCGCGUCACUGCCGUCAUCCCCUGCUUCCCCUAUGCCCGGCAGGACAAGAAGGACAAGAGCCGAGCACCCAUAUCAGCCAAGCUGGUGGCAAACAUGUUGUCUGUUGCCGGCGCCGACCACAUCAUCACAAUGGACCUUCACGCCUCACAAAUUCAGGGCUUUUUCGACAUUGCUGUGGACAAUCUCUAUGCGGAGCCUGCUGUCCUGCAGUGGAUCCGGGAAAAUAUCCCCGAGUGGAAAAAUUGCAUCAUUGUGUCUCCUGACGCUGGCGGUGCAAAACGUGUGACGUCUAUCGCCGACCGAUUGAACGUGGACUUUGCCCUCAUCCACAAAGAGAGGAAGAAAGCAAAUGAAGUGGACCGCAUGGUGCUGGUGGGCGACGUCAAGGACCGUGUGGCGAUCCUGGUCGAUGACAUGGCCGACACCUGCGGUACCAUCUGCCACGCUGCUGACAAGUUGAUUGAUGCUGGCGCCGUAAAAGUCUACGCCAUCCUUACACAUGGCAUCUUCUCUGGGCCCGCCAUCUCGCGUAUCAACAACGCGCCGUUUGAGGCAGUGGUGGUGACCAACACGAUCCCGCAAGAAGAGAAGAUGAAGGCGUGCCCAAAAAUACAGGUGAUUGACAUUUCCAUGAUCCUCGCAGAGGCGAUCAGGAGAACCCACAACGGUGAAUCUGUGUCCUACCUCUUUAGCCAUGUCCCCUUAUAAAGUCAACUUGCGGAGGGGGGGCCUUGGCUGCUGGCGCCACACUUCUUCUUGAAGAGUUCCAAAGUUUGACCUACGAGAUGUUCUAUGAAUGUUUUCUCUCAGGAGAUGAGGUGAAACAUCACUCUCUCUCUUUUUUUCCCCCCCAUUCACCUUUUUCGCCAUGAUGUUCCCUGUCAUGUAUUGUACCUCACUCUCUAUGAAGCAUUCCUUUUAUGCCACAUGAUUGGAAACAUUUUGGCGCUUUUUUCUUAAUAAAAAAAAUAGAUCGCUAACACCCCGCAAAUCCCCAAAUCACCUCAACUGCUGCUACAAACCUCCAAGCCCCACCAUAGACGGGUUGUUCGGUGUGUUAAAAAAAUGCUCCAAAAGGUCAUGGAAUCUAAUUGAAUCCACAGUUUUGUGAUCGUGUUGAUUAAAACCUUGUCACAAUUCGAGUUGUGACACCUUAGUUUUUUUUAGCAGUAAUGGGUCACUUUUUUUAUAUUUAAACAAAUCAAGCAGUUUCUUUUGACAAUAAAUCUUUGACAAUUGCUUUUAAA